UUCUUUGGUGGCUUCUCUCCCCCUCCGGCUCUCUCUCAUCUCAUCCUCCUCCCUCUCCCCGACCGAUUGACGACUCCUUUGACCUCUCGCGCUGUCCCCUCCCUCCUCCGCCACCGUCGCCGCACCAAGCUCCAGGCGCCCCCCCUCGACCCGCCGGCAGCUCCAGCUCCAGCGCCAUGGCCAACAGCAACCUCCCGCGCCGGAUCAUCAAGGAGACGCAGCGGCUGCUCAGCGAACCAGCGCCGGGGAUCAGCGCGUCGCCGUCGGAGGAGAACAUGCGCUACUUCAAUGUCAUGGUCCUUGGACCGGCGCAGUCUCCUUACGAAGGUGGAGUUUUUAAGCUUGAACUUUUCUUACCCGAGGAAUAUCCGAUGGCUGCUCCAAAAGUUAGGUUUCUCACAAAAAUAUACCAUCCCAACAUUGACAAGCUCGGUAGAAUAUGCCUUGACAUCCUCAAGGACAAAUGGAGUCCAGCCCUUCAAAUACGCACUGUUCUUUUGAGCAUUCAGGCACUGCUGAGCGCUCCAAACCCAGAUGACCCUCUCUCAGAAAAUGUUGCAAAACACUGGAAAUCCAAUGAAGCUGAAGCUGUUGAGACAGCGAAAGAGUGGACUCGCGUGUAUGCCAGUGGUGCAUGACAAGCUAACGCUGGUUAUGGAUGUAAUAACACCAUGUCAUAGUCGGGUCUAACUGAAAACCAUUUGCUUGAUAAGAACAAACUUGAAACUGUAUUGUGAUGGAAGUAAGUGUCCAUAGCGAUAACGGUUCAAGUUACCGGUUGUAUUUGUGGUGCAUGUUCUUGCACCUGUCACUGCUGUGCCACUCUAGCCAAAUCUGUUGCUGCUUAUAGAACAUGCUGUGUUUCCUCUUGAUCUUCAAUUAUUUAUCAGUUAACUCGUCCGCUAA